GUGCUUCAGCGGGCCAAUCAGCGCGCAGCGACGCGUCACGCAGCUGAUCGCAGAAGGAGAUUUGGCGCUAGUUUGAGCUCAGUGUGCGGAAGGAGACGGAGAGGGACAGCGAGGGACAGAGACCCGCAGAGGACCUCCAGGAGAGAGAAGACAUUCUGCUCAACUUUUAAAAAGAUCGACGAUGCCGAGCACGCGCUCUGCUGGCCGGGCGCAGCCCACGCUCUCCUUCCCCCGCCGCAAGUCCUGCCGAGCCCCCGGGGCCCCGAAGGCGCUCCAUCCGGACCCCACCGAGCCCGGGGCCCGGCUGCCCGCUCUGCCCCGGCUCGGCCCGCUCUCCCCCAAACCGCCGUCCGCUCACCCGCCUCCCCUCUCGCCAGGACGCCCCGCGCCCCCCCCCGCCCUCCAGCCGCGGCUUCCGCUCAGCCCCCGGAAACGCACAGGUGACGAGAACGGCUGUAACGUCGGCGCCGGCCUGCGCGGCUCGCCGCCGAAGCAAAGCAAGCCGACGGCGGCGUCUCCCAGGAAGCCGGAAGACGCCGAGAACUCGCCGGUCCCGGCUCGCCGGCGGCUGGUCCCGUCCUCGUCCCCGUGCAAACCGCUGUCCCCCUCGCCCGGGUCGCCCCCGAGGCGCCAGGAGACGCCGACCAGAAGCCCGGCGCGGCAGAAGAACGAGAGGAAGCCGCCGGUCGCUCGGCUCUUUGGAGAAAAGUCGAGGUUCCUCAGCGUGAAGCAGGCGCUGCACACCGCCGCCCCCGAGCGCCUCCUGUCCCGGGAGGCAGAGCGCGCCGCCAUCCGCUCCUUCCUGGAGGAGAAGGCGCUGCGCCGCCGCGCCGGCAGCCUCUACAUCUCCGGAGCGCCGGGGACCGGCAAGACGGCGUGCUUCACCUGCGUACUGCAGGAGAUGAAGGACCAGCUGGCGUCCCUGCAGACGGUGCUGGUGAACUGCAUGAGUCUGAGGAGCUCUCACGGCAUCUUCCCGCUGCUCGCCGACAAGCUGAAGGCGCCCGGCGGGCCGAGCGGGCUGCAGAGGUUCCUCACGGCCCCGGGGCCCCCUGUGCUCUUGGUUCUGGACGAGAUGGACCAGCUGGACAGUAAAGCUCAGGACGUCCUCUACACCGUCUUCGAGUGGCCGUACCUGCCAGAGUCCCGCCUCUGUCUCGUCGGUAUCGCCAACGCUCUGGACCUGACUGACCGCAUCCUGCCGCGCCUGCAGGCUCGUCCUCACUGUCGCCCCCUGCUGCUACACUUCCCCCCCUACAGCCGGCAGGAGCUCACGGACAUCGUCCAGGACCGGCUCGCUCAGGCGUCGGCUGACGGGAUCCUCGACUCCUCGGCCGUUCAGUUCUGUGCCCGUAAGGUGUCGGCGGUGUCGGGAGACGCCCGGAAAGCUCUGGACAUCUGCAGGAGGGCCGUCGAGGUCGUGGAGUCCGACGAGCGGAAGAAGCCGUCGGAUCCGAGCGCUGACGGCAGGCCCCCGCGGGUCGGCCUCCCCCAGGUGGCGCGCGUGCUGUCGGAGGUUUACGGCGACCGCAUGGCGUCUCCGGGCGGCGGCGACGCGGACGGGGAGAGCUUCCCGCUGCAGCAGAAGCUGCUGGUCUGCUGCCUGCUGCUGCUGACGCGCAGCGGGAGGAGCCGCGAGGUCGUCCUCGGGAAGCUCCACGAGGUGUACAGCCGGCUGUGCCAGCGGCGGCAGGUGUCGGCCGUCGGUCAGGGCGAGUGUCUGUCGCUGUGCGGGCUGCUGGAGAGUCGAGGGAUCUUCUCCCUGAAGAAGGCCAAAGAGGCUCGUCUCACCAAGGUGUUCCUGAAGAUCGAAGAGAAGGACGUGGAAAACUCCCUGAAGGACCGAGUGCUGCUGGGCAGCAUCCUGGCUGCCGGCCUCCCCUCCUGAGCUCCUCUUUGGAUUAGUUUUAGUUCUUUAGCGUUUUUACUGAGACUUUGUAUAUAUUUUAUGAGAUUUUAUCUUUUUAUUUUUUCUCUCACUGAUGUUGACGCUCCGUUUUUAACGCGUCGGUUACAGCGUUUUGUUUCAGUUUGGAGUCGAAUCGUUUCCAUUUUAAUGCUGUAAAUAAACAAAUGUGCAGAACUUUUAA